CGCGCAGCAGAAAUGGUUAAACUCUGCACCCGGAAAAGGGCGAAGUCUGCACAGCAACAAGCGCCAUGAUUGCGUUGCACUGUGCGUCUCAGCAGCUGGGUGCCAUGGAUCAGCUGGAGGAGGAACUCACAUGCCCCAUCUGCUGCGGUCUCUUCGAGGACCCGCGGGUGUUGCUGUGCUCGCACAGCUUUUGCAAGAAAUGCUUGGAGGGACUGCUGGAGGGGAACCGGGGUCCGGCUUACAGGACGCCUUUCAAAUGCCCCACAUGCCGCAAGGAGACCCCUCACAACGGCGCGAAUAGCCUGCAGAUCAACUACUCUCUGCGCGGGAUCGUGGAGAAGUUCAACAAAAUCCGGGUUUUGCCGAAGAUGUCUGUUUGUAAACAACACUGCAGCCAGCCUCUUAACAUAUUUUGCGCCACUGACAUGAAGCUCAUCUGUGGAUUUUGCGCCACCACCGACGAGCACAGAGGACACAAAUUCUGCUCCCUGGAGGACGCGUACGAGCAGGAGAAGGAGGCGUUCGAGGAGCUGCUCCGCGGGGUGGAGAGCUGGCGGAGCGCGGACACCCUGUCCUGCCUGGAGACGCUCCAAGCCGGCAAGAAAAGGGCGCUGCAGUCGGUCACCAAGGACGCGGAGAAGGUGGCGGACUACUUCGACAAGCUCAUCAGCAGCCUCGAGUGUAAAAGGAACGAGAUCCUGUCCGACUUCGAGACGCUGAAGCUGGUGGUGAUGCAGGCGUACGACCCGGAGAUCACCAAGCUGAGCGCGGCGCUGGAGGAGCAGAGGCAGGCGCUCGGCAUGGCCGAGUCCUUCAGGGGCGCCACGGACCCCCUCUGCUUCCUGCAGCAGAUGCAGGAAUUCAGGGAGAAGUUCAGGGUCCUCCAGGACACCCCGCUGCCCUCUCGGAGGGACAUAGACGUCGGUCCGCGCGUGCGUAAUUUCGAUGUGAAAAAGUGGGAUUCACUGAGACUCAGAGAAGUGGACAAGAUCUCAGUCCCACACGAGAAUGGCUCGUACCGGACCGGCUCCCGGAGACCGGUGCCCAGGUGGAUCGUCCUGAGUAUGAGUCUGUUACUGGCCACACUCCUCCUCCUCUUCCUCCCGCUGCCACCGCACAGCAUCGCAGCCUGGGUGACAUCUCGGAUUGACCCUCUCCUCAGUGCGGUUUCCCUCCAACUCUCCCACACUGGCGCGUACCUGCAGGGAAUGACUGACAUGUGCACGAGUCUGAUCGAUGCAGGUCAGGAAUGCAUAGUAAAGUUAAUAGACUCCACUGUCCAUUUUAUUGGCAGUUGUAAGUUACCAUAAUCACCCUGACAUCUCACCCACAAAUUAAUUUCUAAGUGAGGGGUGAGAUGUGAUAAUGCGACACAGAAAAUGUAAACACUGAACUGAAGUUCCUUUUUUUUUUUUUUUAGUUUUGAAGAGGUUGAAUCGACAAUGAAGUGUCAGCAACCGAACUAAACCAUCCUGUAGACAGCUACUGCCAUUUCAAAAAAUAUAUUUUCUACUUGUCCAAGAUGACUUUGAUAAAUAAAUCUAAGAAAUGUAAGUCACGUCCAUGUUUUGCAUUUAUUCAUUCCGACAGAUCUCAUUUGGGAGCUAUUUAAGGGACACGUCGUGCGUAAAAGUGUGAUCCGAAGCCUCUUUCCCAUGC